CGCAUGCUCAUGUCGAGCCAGAGAAAGCUGCAAGGAAAAAGUACAAGAGACAAAGGAAUAAACAACUCAAGGAGUGGAGGCGAAAACAUCAACUUAGAGCAACGAAAGCAGCACAGACUCUAAACGUUCGCAUGCAGGCUUUGACAGGGUUUUGCCUGCAUUUUCGUGGUACUGUAACUACUAUGGCAGUUGUCCACCCUGCCAGGAUUCUGCACUGCUGACCCUAUAUCCUGACUGUCACAUUUACUCCCUGUCAGUUGUACAAGUCAAGUUACAAGACUUAUCCACCCUUAUGUCAGCCAAAAUGGAAAGAACUGCUUUGCCCUACUGAUUGUAAUGGUGCUCAGCAUGUCUUCAAGCAAUCACUAUAUGAAGAACACUGGAGGAGACAGUCAAAUUCUUAGCUUCUAAGAUACUCCAGUUUCACAGACCACGUGGGCUUUCCUUAUUUCCAUUGAUACUGUUUUAAAUUAAAAGGUGCCCUGGCUCACCUUUUAUCCCAGUAGCUACCUCCCCUCCCCUUGCCACUCAUCCCAAGCAGCUGAGAGGUUGCUGUGGAGAUGAUAGUGGUGACAUAGCAGCAACAGCAGCAGGAAUGGGGAGUACUCCAUGUUCUGGUAAGGGGAGGGUGGUAGGGGGUUUUCAGGAGCUUGGCUGUAUGCCAUGGAAGGUCCGCAAGCAGAAAGGAGAACCUGGUGGUGGACGUGGAUCUGAGCUGGAGGAGAGGCCGAAUGCUGGAACACCUCCCAUCUCCUCACAACCUCCUGUCAUCUACCAUGAAAAGCAGCAUCGAGAACUGUGCGCUCUGCACGCCUUAAACAAUGUCUUCCAGGACGGAGCUGCUUUCAGCAGGGAUGCACUUCAGGACAUCUACCAGAGGCUCUCCCCAAGCACUUUGGUCACGCCCCAUAAGAAAAACAUGCUGGGUAAUGGCAACUAUGAUGUGAAUGUCAUCAUGGCUGCAUUGCAGACUCGGGGAUUUGAGGCUGUUUGGUGGGACAAGAGAAGGGAUGUUGGCAGCAUUGCACUGCCGAAUGUCACCGGUUUCAUCUUGAAUGUGCCAUCCAAUCUGCGCUGGGGGCCGCUGCGACUUCCACUGAAGCGCCAGCACUGGAUUGGAGUUCGAGAGGUGGGAGGUAUCUACUAUAACUUGGACUCAAAAUUGCGCAGUCCUCAUGCUAUUGGAACAGCCGAUGAACUUAGGAAGUUCUUGUGUCACCAGCUUCGAGGGAAGAACUGUGAACUCCUAUUGGUUGUGCCAGAAGAGGUGGAAAUCCACCAGACAUGGAGGUCUGAUAACUGAUGAAUGUUUCAGAUCACUUUAUUGUGGGGGGGUCUUCAGUUCAUGCUCAGGAGGGGCAAUGAUGUGAAAAAAGGGGAGGUUCAAUCAGGGAACCAUUUAAGGAGCAAAUGGAGUUGCAUUCAACCAGUUAUGAAAGCAUGCUGGUCAGACUUUGUUACACACCCACACGCAGCUGGACUCUUGCCAUGGAGACUAUUGCAGCACAGGACACACAGGGAUAUCACAAGACAACUAAACACUAAACCGAUUUAUGAGAAUUUUCUUUGGAAUUUGGUAAUUUGAUGCAUUUUUUAUAUACAUUGGUUAUUUCUUUUACUUUGUAUUGUUUCUGACUUGAAAGUUUGAGGUAAUGGAAUAAUUAGUGAUGCGUUCUCCCUGUACAUCACCUUCCAAAUGUUACAUCCUUUCCAUUUGAUUUCCCACACACCUAAACAUCCUGUCUCACAUUACAGAUCACAGUAAAAGAUAUAUGUUUGACCAACUGGAUUUGUAACACAAAGGUUCAUAUGUACUUAUUUGGAGCAUGAACUUGAAGAUUUAUAAAGGCAGCAUCCUGCUUGAAUAUUUUUUACAUAAAGGGAUAGUUCACCCAAAACUGAAAUUUCUCAUGUUUUUCUCACCCUCAUGCCAUCCCAGAUGUGCAUGACUUUCUAUCUUUUGCUGAACACAGUUUUUUUAUGGAAUAUUUCAGCUCUGCAGGUCCUCAAAAUGCAAGUGAAUAGGCUCAAAAAUGUUAAGCUUCAAAAAGCAUAUAAAGGCAGCAUAAAAGUAAUCAAUUCGACUCCAGUCGUUAAAUCCAUGUCUUCAGAAACGAUAAGUGUAGGUGAGAAAAAAGUACUUUUUUACUAUAAAUUCUCCUCCCUGGCCAGUAGGUGGUGAUAUGCAUAAAGAAUGCGAAUCACCAAAAGUAAAAGAAGAAUGAAAGUGGUGACUGGUUGUGAAAAAAAAAAUGACUUGCAUAUUGAUCUGUUUCUCAUCCACACCUAUUAUAUCGCUUCUAAAGACAUUGAUUUAACCACUGAAGUUGUAUUAAUUAUUUUUUACGCUAUCUUUGUGCCUAUCUUGCAUUGUAUGAACCUACAGACCUGAGAGAUUCUUCUAAAAGUCUUUCUGUUCAUCAGAAGAAAGUCACACAUCUUUGAUGGCAUGCAGUUGAGUAAAUGAUGAGAAUUUUUGGGUGAAUUAUCCCUUUAAUGGCAUAGUGACAGAUGAGAUGUGUCUGGUGUAUCACAGUACAGCGUGGCACCACUAUAACUGGAUGUUCUGUGUUAGUUUCUUAUAACUUUAAUUACCAAAACAGUCACAUGUUAAUCUCUCAUUGUAAACUGUUGCUCUCAACACUCUGGUUGUAAUAUAUUCUUGUAAGAAACAGCUAGGCUUUCUAGGCCAUGGCUUACAAGUAGGGGACUUAGCAGGAACAGGUGAGCAUUAGUAGUAAAAAAAAAAUAAUAAUUUAACUGCCAAAAACUCUUUUACGUAGAAAAUGCUGUUGAGAGAAGAAAGAAAAAAAUGAAAUAAGAUGGAAAAGUUGUCCGAGGCUGAAAUCGUAAUUGUCGAGACAGGACCGUUUCCUUCAUUUUGGUCACAAACUUGGCUUUCGCCUUGGAUUAUUCAUCAUAGUUUGGGGUUGAGUUUGGAUUAACAUAGCCUUAAACUUUACAGAGGGAGCAGAUUACACAUUCAAAGGGAAGUCGAAUAAUGCAUCUCAGGUGAUCCAAAUUUAAAUUUAAUUUACUCUUGGGCAUCAAUGGUAUAAACACUGCUUCACUUGUAAAUAUUGCAAGAAUUAUGAUCAAUAUUUAAAUCAUAUACUACAAUUUAAAAGGAACAUUCCACUUCACCAUACACAGGGUAACUUGUAAAACUGUAGAGAUGAAUAAGAGCCUUUGCCAUGACAAUCUAUAUCCCCACAACCCCUUUUUUCAUGGGGUUGGUAGGCACUACAUGUGCUAAUGCCAUUGAUUUCCAUUCAAAUAAAAUGCGUAUGAUGGCACUUUAUGUAUUAUGUAAAAUGUGCUGUGACAUCAUUAAAG